UUCAGUCCGAUGUUUCUUCGGAACUUCGACCUCAGUGACUGUCGUCAACAAAUGAAAUUUCUAAUCUAGGACGGCACUAUAUAUUCUCAUUGUGAACAACCAAAAUGAAGCUGUUUACAUUACACACAGGCGUCAGUAUCGCUUUCUGGGUCCAUGUUGGCCUGGCCAGCAGCAUUGACAGUUCGGCAUUAUGCCCAUCAACAAGUUUCCAAAUACAAUAUUGCGGGAGAACGUUGGAACAUGGUGAAGCUGCCUUCCUCGAUGGGGUUGGUAAUGAACUCGGGCCGGCUUUAAAAGCUAACAAUACUGCCCGAGGUGUGUCAAGUAUAUGGGAGGUCAGAGAGUCUCCGGGGAAGGGCCUGGGCGUGUUUGCCACAACUCUGAUCACGGCAGGAAGCCGCGUCAUGGUCGAACCACCGCUAUUCGCAAUCAAGCCUCCGGAGUUUAUUCCUGGGAAGGGCUACGAGAUCGAGGCAAUGAUCGCAGAUGUGGACAAAGCAGUUGCAGCUCUGUCGUCCGAGGAGCAAGACGAAUUCCGGUCGUGUCAUGAGCACCGCUUGCCAAACGAGGCCGCCAGUGAACAUAGAAGAAACAUGUUCAUCUUCAGGAGCAAUGCCUACACCUUGACAGAUGGCAAGAUUGCCAUGUUUCCCAAGAUCGCCAAGAUCAACCACUCGUGUCGCCCGAACGCGGCGAAUGUUUGGAGCAGUGUAUCGAGACUGAGGAUUAUUUGGGCGGCAAGAGACAUCCUCCCCGGCGAAGAAGUGUCUGUGACAUAUGCACCUCUUCUGCAAACUCGCGAGGACCGGCAAAAACGGCUUGCGCAGUACGGCUUCCGCUGCAGCUGUGAGGCAUGCCACGACCAUGCGCACACCGACCCGCGGCGAAAGCAAAUGGCACGGCUACUCAGUGAGCUGGAAGACAGGCUGGCACGGAAGACUUCGGCCUUUGCCAACAAGAAGCUUUUGCUAAAGGCUACGGCCUUGGUCGAGAUGCUCGAAGAAGAACAUAUGAUGGACUACCUCCCGAAUGCGUAUCGUAUGGCGGCCGAGCUGUCUUUUCGCCUCGAUAACAUCACGGCUGCUGAAGACUGGGCUAGACAAGAGUUGAGGCUCCACGAGAAUGCGGAUGAGUUGUCGUCGGCGUCGCAGGAUGCGGUUGCAUUCUUGCUAAAGACUACUUCUGCACGUUGAAUUUAUGCUGUCUCAUCAGGACCAAUCCGAGUCAGGUUGCCGCGAUCCGAAUCACAACGGCAUGGCGAGUUGUCCCGAAAACCUAUCAUGCCGUCUACAGAGCAGUGUCUUAUCUGCAGCGUGCGAACACCUUUUUACCAUUCCAAUUCAGAGACGUUUCCCUGACUGUGGGAAAUUAGACACUUUGUCGUCACAAGAGUGUGUAUUCCAACAGAAAACUACAUAUCGAAGCAGGCGUCCGGGUGGUGUAUGGAAACUUCGAAGCGAGCUCCGGAUGACCCGACUUGGGCUUACGCUGAAGUAAUGUGUUUGGAUUCUGGCGAUUCUCCCAGUUGGUCUCCACCAGACAGGUUCGACGCGUCGCUGGUCCAAG